UUGGGAGGAACCUCCAAAGAAGACUGACGGUCAGUGAAGCCAGCAGUCGUGUCCCUUCAGCUCCCGUCGUUUCUCCGUCUCCAUGAACCCUUCGCCUCAUUAGUCGUUUGCCAACGUUUCACGUGAACGCGACUGUAAAGCGCGAGCGGCGGGUUUCGAACUGAGAAUGAUUUUGGUCAAACUUCAUCCCGUUUUCCUCCUUUUCCUCUGGAUCGCUGCUGCGGCGCGGGGUCUCGUGGAGCCGCCGACCAACGUGACCCUGCAAUGCCGCAAUCUGCAAAACACCCUGAGCUGGAGCUACGGACGGAUCUUGCCAGAGCUCAAAUUCAAAGUCCAGAUCCUUAAAACUUUUGGCUCGCGCUCUGUGCUGUGGGUGAACUCUUCUGCUCUCUCGGCCGAUCUGUCAGAAUUCUCUGAUCCAAGCAUCGGCUACCUCGUGCUCGUGACUGCCGUCAUUGGUCAGAAUGAGUCCGACUCUAGUAAAGACCUCACUUACAGCUACUUCAUGAACUCUAUUGAAUCUCAGAAAUGUUCCUUGGACCUCCCACCAGUUGACGUCAAGGCACAUCUUAACCACACUGUCACGUUCCACUUCCCGAAUCCCUGGCUGUCCUACUACCCGGUGAAGCCCAACAGCCAAGAUUCCAAAAAGGGAAAGAAGAGAAGCAACAGCAGAGAACAUGAGUUCACCUACAGCGUUGUGAUCGUCGGCCAGAAGCUUCAGCAACAUUUCCACUGUGUGGAGAGUGUGUGUAAGGGGGAGCUCCCGGUGGAGGAGGAGCACGAGGAGCACUGUCUGAACAUCACGGGAGAGCUGGAGAAAAUGGCCGUUAAAUCCACGCAGCUGUACUGCGCCAGGCCGUUGGGAGAAGUGCAAACUGGUAACAACAUUAACAUUAUCUACGUCUUCGUCGGCGUGUCGGUCGUCUGUGUUCUGGCUUUUAUCCUCUUCUUGGUUUACAAAAAGAAGACCAACCCAAAGACUACGCUCCCAUCCUUAUUGUCAGUCGGUAGAUACAAGCAGGACACGGUGCAGACAGUUCCUCCGGAGCCCGUCUCUGUGGUCAGAGUGGAGCCGUCCUCUCCCACACCUCUCCUGUCCAACGAGGAGCAGCCCCACUUCACCCACACUGCUCCCCCCACCGAGUCUCCUGUGCUCCGGCUGCGCACCGGCCUGACAAACGCUGAUGAAGUGCCCGACGGGGGGGGGCUCCAGAGCGAUGAAGGACUGGGGUACAUGGGAGGCAGCUUUCUGGAAGAAGAUGAGCCACAGAACGACAGCGAGUCCGGCUACGAGAAGCGUCCAGUGCUGGUGAAGAUUGGGUCCGGCGAGGUGCUGCAGGCCUACCGGUCCUGAAGAUGAUGCCGGUAACCUACGUUAUUUUAAAUGGGAAGGUCGAAUGUGGCGCUUGCCUGUAAUCUGUUUAUAAUCUGACAGUUUAGUUCAGCUGAGGAAGCGACUCCCCGGGAGUUAUGGUUACACAUUUCAGGAGGUUCAGUCAAUGUCCUCAUCAAAGGUGAAAAGGAACCGUCCCUUUUUGAAAAUCAGUAAAACGUUCCCUUUGUAUUCAGCCUCAGUAAUGACCGAUACCAAAUCUGUACGAAACGUUAAUUUGAUCCAUCAGCAGUGUUUCAGCUUUGAGCCUGUGAUUCACUUUUCUGCUCUUCAAAAACGUGUGCCUGUCCAAUCGUACAAGGUCGUGAGGAGCCAUCGUAUUCAUUAUGGGAUGUGGGAGGUAGAUCAAUGAUGCAUUAAAGCAAGGGUUGGUAAUACUCGAACCCCUUAAAAAAUCAACUAAAUUGAUUUUCAUCAGACUCUAUGGAGGGAUGUUUAACUUUACUUCUCAAAUCUUAAUUUUCCAACGGAGACUGAUGUUACAGAUCUUUGUUACACACACUUUAUUCUGCCCACGUGGUGGAAUGAACAACCUGAGAAAACUUACUGAGCAGAAAGACAAUAAGAGAGAAGUUAUUGCACUAUGUUAGAACGCAUUCACGUUAUGUGCCGUUUAUUCAUGUGACGCCCAAAAACCUAAUCUAUGACGCGUCUGUUCUCACCACAAGUGAACAGCGUUUACUUUAUAACACUCGGAGGCUCUUUGACAUUUAAUCUAUUCAAUCAAAACACAUUUUAAAGGUGAGACGUUGCCUCUGUUUCCUGUUGUGUUGACAGGGCGGAGAGAAAAAGUAUUUUAAUUCAUGAAGGUCAGUAUAUCUCCUUUUAAGAUAAAACGGCAAACAAAAUCACCUUCAUUAACCGUUUCAUAACCAUCAUAUCAUACUGUAUCUAUUCACAUCUGUUGCAUGAACACAAGCAUUAACAUUUCCAUCACUAGCAGAGUCUAACUCCUGUUUUCACUGAGGACUGAUACAUCCUCUAAAUGUAUUUGCUGAUUUACACUUCAUUGUUUUUUUCUAUACGAUUCAGAUGCUUUUAUUUUCCUAUGAUUAUGAUGCACCUUAAAGCUCCAGUAUAAUGUUAUGUGCCUCUUUAAAUUCUGUUGUGUGAAAUGAAAAUGAGAUAAAUGAGCAGGUCACAAAAGAAAUAUGACGAAUUCUCCGAAAGCAGAUUUGACUGAUUUCUAAUGUGGAGCUGUUUGAGGUGUGUUCGCUUCCAUGUGUGUCGCCUGCUGCCCGAUCAGGUGAAGAAGGGAAAAAUGAAUUUGUAAAAAAUGCUUUUGAAUUUUCAUAGAUCUUAGAAGAUGUAUGCAUUUGUUUUUUUUCUCACAUUUUGUAAGAACUAAGUGAUGUUGUGCAACAUUACUCAGCUGUUUGACUUCCUUCUUUUCUCAGUGAUUUAUACAUUUUGUAUUGUUUGUUUUGUAUUGUUCGCACAACACGUUUGUGUUAAUGGUCAGGUAUGUGUAAACAUCACACUUACAAAUGAGGAUGUUCUCGCUGCCACAAAUAGUUUCUAUUACUUCAGCGAAGGAAGUUUUCUUUUCUUUGUUCGUAAACGAUAAAAAACACUUGGCCAAAUUCCAUGAGAUCCAGUGAAAGGGUGGAACAUGACCUGAGGAAGAAAAAGUCAUAUUUUGGUGUUGAUCCUGAUAAAUAGAUGGAUUCAUAUUAUUUUCUUUUCAACUUUCUUGAACCAUUCAAAUUCUUAAAUAGAAAAAUUCUACAACUUAAACCAAAAGCCAAUAAUGCACUAUACAUUGUGAAAGUCGUAAAGUUUUGUUUAAAUAAAACAAAUAUAAUUAGUUAUAUUAAUUAUAAUGAAAUGAUCUGCAUUAUCUGUUCACCUCCAUGUUUCAAUGGGGUAGAACAUCAAUGAAUCAUGGGCCUAGACUUGCUCGAGACUAAUGUGAUUGGUUUAAAGCGAUGCAAACACCCCCACGCUUUGUUUGUCCUGCAUGAUAACGGGUGGAGCCGGACACGGUGCUGUGGAGAUGAUGGAGGUCUGGUUGUAGUGAGACCCAGACUGAUGGUGCAGAGAUCCUCUGGCUCAGGAGUUCUUUAUUCUUCUAGUUGCUGAAGAUACAAGAAAUUAGUUUCGGGACGAUUUUAGCUGUCGAAUCUUUAAACAUUUCAAGUUCCCUCUCACUGUAACUGCAAUGUGGCUCAACCUACAACGUAUUUUAUUUUCAAUAAUAAUAAUAAUUUUUAGACGAUUCUACUGAACGGUUUGAGUGAUUGUCUGUUUGAAACAUUGUUUGAGUUUACUUUGUUUGGAUUUUAAAAAGAAGCAGGCAUUCCAUUACAGUCAAACGCCUUUUUCUCCUGGAUUCUGUGAACUAAUUGUUUUAUUUUAAGUAUCUCAAGCUUCCAUCCUACUGUGAUUUUAAUUUUUUUGCAGUACAUUACUUCAAUAAAAGCACAUCCUGUGUAUUUGCUACCUU